GCCAUGUCAGCAGUGCCACGACAAAUGGUGCCACGUCAGCAGGCCACGUCAGUAGCAGUGCCAUGACAACAGGGCCACGUCAGCAGUACCGCAUCAUCAACAUCGUACAACUAACUGCAGCUUAUGCUCGACGCAGCAACCACAUCGCCGCACGAGAAGGGCGGGCAGCCGCAGCAGAACAGCAGCUACCUCUGCCCCACCCCUCUGACAUGGACUCCCAGGGCAACCCCACGGUGGACAAUGCCGCAUCCGGCAGCCCACACGAGGCAUGCAGUUCGAACCCCCCGGCCCCACAGGCCCAACAGAAGGGUUCCACUGCGACUUCUGCGGGAACCCUCGACGCUGCGCCAGUCCGGCAGCAAGGAGAGACCAUGACGGCCUUCCUGGCCCUCCUGGGCACCUAUAUGCAGCAAGUCCAAGAGGAGCAGCAACGCGAGGCGGCAGCCGAAGCAGCACGCCUUAAUGCCAUUGCACACGCAGAAGAGCAACGACGCUGGCAGCAAGCUGACGCAGCUGCCAACCACAACAAAGCUCGAAGAGAUGCCGCAUCUGUCCUCAUGCAGCAGGAAGCCGCUCAUACCGCCGCACUCCAAGCAUGGCAUGUUGAUCCGGCGGAAACGACGGAACCAAUUACGGAGGACCAGACUAAGUCAACUCUCGCCAGCAUGAUGCACCAAGUCAUCCUCACUUGUAACUGGCAACAAGUGGAGCUGGUUCGACAGGCAUGUACCAUUACUGAGUACGAGGAGACUCUCAAGAGCCUCCACGCCCGCCUUGACAUGCUGGAGAAGGAUGACGUGCCGCACAGGCACACGCCAUCGUCAAGCAUGGAUCCACCAAUCCGCGAGCUGGAAGGACAGCUGGAUCACCUAGUCGCGCUUGUUGGCAAUUUGAACAGCUUCCGACACCCGACGACAAUUAGCCAGCAAAGAAGACGUCUGUCCACGGCAAAGCUCGGGAAACUGAGCUUCGCGGGAAGUGAGGCGACUCCACUUCCUACUCCGCCGGACACGGUUGCCUUGCUAACAACCUCCGCCACGUCCGGGGAACAUGCGUAUGUCGCCAAUCUUCGCGAAGAUUAUGAAGACUUUGCUGUCCAGCUGGUCCCGCCAUUGGACCAACCUCUCCACGUGCAAGACUCAUUUGCGUGUGCGACUUCAUCACCAUCGCCAAGUGAACCAGCAUCCUUGCCAACAUCACUCGGGGACUUGUCGGUGUGGUCUAGACUUGAGGAACUCGAUCCAUUGACACCGGAGGACUUCCAAUGGUUGCCUUUUCCCCCAUCUGGUUCCUUUCCGAAGCCACAUUGCAAUGCUCUAAUGGCGAAGCUACGCAACUACUUGCACGCUGCAGUACCAGCUUCAUUGAUGGAAGACGGAGUAGCGGUUGUUGACCUUCGCGAGUACAUUGCGAAGAUUGACCGCGAGUAUGCCACGCAACGGUACGACGACACCGACGCCCCGUUACUCUACAUCCGCAUUCAGAUCGGGAAGGCGACCUGCAGCACCUUAAUUGAUUGUGGAGCUACUCGCAACUACAUCAACCAGGAUUUCAUGACCCGCGCCGGCCUUGGGCCGCGCGUUCGAAGGAAAUCACAGACCACGCAAGUCACGUUGGCCGACGGUCGUACGCACAAGUCCAUUGACUGGUGCAUUGACUCCGUUCCUGUGUACUUCGCCCCGCUUGCACGCAAGGCCGUGUCCUAUGACAUAUUGGACACAAAGUUCGACAUGAUCUUGGGCAUGUCAUGGAUGCGCAGCGAGGACCAUCCGGUGAACUUCUACCGCCGCACCGUUCACGUUCGUGACUGGAACGGGGUACUUGUGCCAUGUACGGUCCCCCCACCUCAUCCUUCGAUUGGUUGUCACGUGGUCUCCACGGCGAGCAUUCGCAACUCCAUCGCACGGAACGACGUGGAGGAAAUGGGCAUUUGUUUCUUGCACGCCCUCCCUCCUCCCGACAAGCCAGCGGUGGAACAGCCACCGGAUCCACGCAUUGUACAGCUUCUUGACUCCUAUGGCGACUUCUUUGAAGCCCCCGCCAGAAUCCGAGGAGGAACUCGAAGUGCUUUGAACGCACUCGAUGACCUCAUUGACAAGGGUUGGAUUCGCCCUAGCUGCUCGCCCUACGGUGCACCUGUUCUCUUCAUUCGGAAGAAGAACAAGGAGUUGCGCUUAUGCAUUGACUAUCGCAAGCUCAAUGCUCAAACCAUUAAGAAUGUCGGUCUGCUUCCACGCAUCGACGAUCUUCUCGAACGCUUGGGCGGCGCCAAGUAUUUCUCCAAGUUAGACCUCAAGGCCGGUUACCACCAGCUUGAGAUCCAUCCAAGAGAUAGGUACAAAGCCGCGUUCAAGACACGGUACGAGCACUUCAAGUGGGUCGUAAUGCCAUUCGGCCUCACGAAUGCCCCGGCUACCUUCCAAGCGGCAAUGACAACGGAGUUUCGCGACAUGUUGGACCGGUUCGUGCUCAUCUACCUCGAUGACAUCUUGGUGUAUAGCCGCACUUUGGAUGAGCACAUCGUGCAUCUACGUGUUGUUUUGGACAGGCUACGUACGACCAAGUACAAGGUCAAUCGAGCCAAGUGCGAAUUCGCACAGGGCCACUUUGUGACGCCGCAAGGCAUCCGUCCGCUUGCGGACAAGAUUAAGGUCAUUCAGGAUUGGCCGGAACCGACCAACACCAUGGAGGUUCGCUCUUUUAUAGGAUUGGUCGGGUACUACCAAUGCUUCAUCGGAGGAUACGCACGGAUCAUCGCACCUUUGUCCAGAUUGCACUCUCCGCAGGUGCCCUCCCAGUUCACCGACGUAGUCCGCAGUUCGUUCCACAAAUUGAAGACGGCGUUGUUCCUCGCUCCCGUCUUGAGUAUCUACGAUCCCACCUUGCCUACAAGACUCAACGAGAGUGACUACGGACGCUUCCGACUACGGCAUGGGCGCAGUUUUGGAACAACACGACGGAGUAGACUGGCAUCCGGUUUAGUACUUCAGCCAAAAGGUGCCUCCCAUCAACUCCGUUGAUGAUGCGUGGAAGAAGGAGUUGCUCGCGUUCGUCAUGGUACUCG